CAGAAACUAGAUUAAAACCGUGACCACUAUGAGGAAGUGAUGCUAUAGUGAUGAAUAGAGAUGCUGCUGUAUGGUGAGAAACUCAUAGUGCUGAGACACUCUGAAAGAGGAAAGAGACAGAAACAGAGCAGAGAGAGACAGAGAGACAGAGAGAGAGAUAGACACAGAGACAGAGCAGAGAGAGAGAGAGAGAGGAUCAUGGCUGACAUCCCUCAAUCAUUUUUGGGAUUGCUUGUGACCGUUUUGUACCUGCUAACAGGUGUCAGUGGAGAAACUCUCUCUAUGUUCUCCAGAGUGGGAGAUAAUGUCAGUCUGCCGUGUAACAAUGUGGUUUAUCCAGACUGCUCCUCUACUACAUGGAUCUAUAACAGAGCUGGAGCUAAUGGAUCUAUUGAAGAGGUCACAUUGGGGAAGAUCAAAGUUGACCAGACAGAGAGAGCAGACAGACUGAGUGUGGGGUCUAACUGUUCUCUACAUGUUAGUGAUGUCAGAGCUGAGGAUGUUGGACUCUACAUCUGUCUACAAUACCUUACAGAGACUGGACCAAAACAUGGAGGUGAUGCUCCUGUUCAUCUGUCUGUUCUAACUAUCUCCUCUACCACACCAGUGACAGAUCUGAAGCCUAAUGUAAUUAUGACAUUACGGUGUUCUGUGCUCACCUAUACUGGACAUGGAACGUGCCGGUCAAGAUUUAGUCUCAGCUGGGUCCCUAAAACAGGUACUAAAGUCCAGGUCACACAGGAUUCUUCCUGUGACAUCACUCUGACUGUGACACUCCAGAAGAAGGACAACAACAGGAAGUGGACGUGCACGCUGACUGAAAAGGGAAAUGUGAAGAUCUCCAUUGACUUCACCUCCACAUUCUCAGGUAUGUGUUCUUGUUAUGCUCCUAUAAUAUGAAUAAGUUCACAAGAUCUGUGAUGAUAUUAAAGUUAAUAUCAAACCUGAUUCAUUCUCCUGGUAUUUGUGAUAUUAGUGAUUGAUGAUGAAUUUGAUUUGAAUCAUACUGCUGUGUCUGAUGAUGAUGAUGAUGAUGGGUUAUUUAAUAAACUAAAAGAGGAUGUUCAUCUCCUACUGAAUUAGAUAUUGCUGAAAAGACCACUGAUAGUGAUGAUGUCAUCUUUACUGUCCCAGGUAAAAUACUCCCAUCUGUAUGAUGUGUGCAGACAUAGUAAAUGUUUUAUCUGUCCUCUGGAUACAUAGAACUGGGUACUGUGUUUUCCUUGCUGUGUCAGGGUUUGAGACUGGGUCCAGAAAGAUUAUAUGUUUUUCAGACAGUUCUGGUGUAACUUCUCUAAUUCCCAUAAGGACAACUAGCAGUACUCCACAACAGUAUAAGACUGGUCAUGUAAAAACAGGCCCAAACGUAUUUAUAGGAUGUACUGCUUGUCUAGUGCUCUAGAGAUUGGAGAAAGAUUUAACAGAUUGAGUAGAGAAAACUCUACAGGCAACACAGAGUGAGUUGUGGAUCCAUUCUGUACUGUGAUGUCACCAUUAUUCACCAAUGAAAAGUGGUCACUCUGUUUUCAACUACUAUCCAAGAAGUACAGCCUCUACUGCAAGACCAGCCUUGUCAACCACCUCCCCAUCUUCUUCUGGUAUUGUAUUUAAUACUAUUUCCCUUCUCAGUUGUAUUGUAAAUAGUAUAGGUGGUACAGCAUGGGGCCAAAGUCAGAUGUAUUACCUUGGUCAACACAAAGCAUAUACAGUAUGUGUAUAUGCAGUCUAACUUAUGUUUUGAUCUUCACAUUUGCUGUGGUGCAUUUCACACUUCUCUGUUCCCAUAUGAAUCCCUGCUUGUCUAUGUAACUCUGACAUCCCACGCCAGUGCUAAACUUUAAUGACAUUAAAGUAAACUCCUGAUAUCAGUGAUGAGUGAACGAGCACCCUGCUCUCUACUGUAUAUGUCUGAUGAUGAAGAGCUCUUUAAAAGAUGAUGUUUUUCUCCUCCUGAACUAGAUAUUAAAGGGCACAGAAGAUGGUGGUGACGUCACCUUCAACGCCUCAGGAAAAAUUUAAUCAGAAAUAGUACAUCUUCCAUUUAGCAUCUAGAUACAUAAAUUAGUACAUAAAUGAGUACUGUUCCUGUAAAGUAGUGUUUCCCAAAUGUUGGGUCAGAUGCGCUGGUCCCUCAUUCUUCAGACUGGGUUAUAAAAAAAAUACAAAAAAUCUACCAAAGUCAAGACACUUGAAUUCAUAUUUUUCAGAUGGUUCUGAUGGGACAACUCUGAAUCAUGUCAAGACAAACACUCAGGACCAAAACAGCCCCAAACAUAUUUAUAGGAAGUACUGCUUGUCUCGUGAUUCAGAGAUUGUUGUAGAGAAAUAUUUAGCAGAUUGAGUAGAGAAAACUCUAUAGGCAACACAGAGUCAGUGGAUGUGGAUCCAUUCUGUACUGUGAUGUCACCAGUAUUGUCACGUUCUGACCUUAGUUCCUUUGUUUUGUCUUUUGUUUUAGUAUGGUCAGGGCGUGG